AUGGUGUAUUACACGCUGUAUACACGAUACACUGGAUGGUGGGCUCCAUCACUAUGGGAGGGACCGGGAUACGCUGUCGACGUCGGGGAGCUAAGUUUAGGAGCCGUUCCUGUUCCUGCAUAUUGCCACCGUUUUCCGCUUAACAUAUAUGCGCAGACGCUAGCGGCUGUGCUUGAUGAGCAUGGGCGCCAUCGAAAUCACGCGGUACUAGAGAAGAGCCUGCCGCGCGGUGCUCCAUUGGCCACGCCGCACGAUAUCGAUAGUUCUGCCUGUAAUGCCGGGUGCUGCCACACUGUAUCAUAUUAUUACAGGAUUGCGGUCGCCAAAGUAUGCUACUACACGACGGAGUACUACUACGGAGCUACUUUCUACAAUAGCCCCCAAGACCUCGCAUUUCUGUCUCUGCCUCUACCCCUCCCCUCACAACUCUGUAUUAUCGUAUACCUUGCCUUGCCAUUCCCAUUCGGCUCAACACCGGUAACUCUAGUUGUAGCAGCCGAGCGACGCCCGCAGCAGGUGCUUGGACAGCAUUACAACCUUUCCAGUGAGACCUUCACUGCGACAUCCUUGAGCCACGCAAUCAGCACAACUGGAACAAGAACUCCCUGCUCGCCUCGCUCGCCCACCCAUUCACCAACCCAUCCGAUCGACAUUAGCCUUUCUCCAACUGCAUUCUUGCUGUACUACGAACUUCGAAGCCUACCUGCCGAGUCGAUACUUGCGCCCUGCCGCACCCAGCGAGACGCUAGGCUAUAUACCACCAAUCUCCCGCCCACCCAAGUCCUCCGAUCCAGCUACGGAGCCUUGAAGCCAAAAUGGCCACUGCCAACGAUACCACCACAGCUCCCACACCUCGUCACCAAUUCUCCUGCACUUACGCCUGCAGUCUCGCGGAGCAGCUUCCAAGACGAAUACACUGGGCCACACGUACCUCCACACUCCCCCUUCUACCAACACCCACCUUCAUCAAACGAGCUAUCCUUACCGCUGUCGGCCACCAAACAUGCCAAGGUGCACCAAGUCCACGAGAAGGACCUUGAGAGUGGCAACGACACCCCACUCACGCCUCACUCCUACGACGAACACCCCUUCUCGGCGAAGACGGCUGUAGAGCACACGAAAGAAUGUCAGAUGUGGCCCUCGACACAAACACUGAAGCAAAAGUACAAGGAAGACAAGAAGCAGAGAAGGGCGGCUCGAGGAGGCUGCUGCAUGCCCGUCCGCGCACAAUGGAGCAAGCUCGGUGCGAGGAACCGUAUCCUGGUCAAGAUUGCUAUCGCCGUUCUUGUCAUCGGCAUCGCCGUGGGCUUAGGAGUGGGCAUUUCUGCCGCCGUGAAGGGAUCAUACUUUGGUACGCCACGCCAUGCCGACGCAGACAUGCUCAACGAUGGCAAGAGCAGCCAGUAUGCCUCCGCACGUUCGCAGCUCGUGGUGUUUCAGAGCCAGCAGCUGACCCUCACGCGUUGCAGAUUCCGCCGCUUCAUCGAAUCAUCUUACUCGCUACUUUCCCAUCGUACUUAUCUCGUCGCCUGCCCAGAAGAUACCCAUCAUACUCGGAGCGUUUGGAGUUAUUGGCUAGCAGCAUCAUCAACAAACAUAUGGAGGAUCUUAAAUAUCGGCACUGGAAAAAUCAAGGAGCAGAUCGCAAGGCGAUGCUUGACUGGAAAACACCACCCUAGCUCCUUCCUUCGAUCACGAGGCGUCACUUUGGUCCUCAACAGUAUUCGCAUAAGGCGACAGGCAUGCCAACAUCAAUGUGGCUGGAGACCUAUUUGCAGAUAUGACAAGCCUUGGCGACCUGUGAAGCUGACGAAAGCUGCAGCGGCGCAGAAAGCUCAAUGCCUGGUUUGCGAGGACACCAAGAUUCUUGUCACAUCGUCCAAGACAAAUCCCGCACCUCUGCGCACUGUCUUGACUCUCACAAUCCCCAAGAAGAAUACCGACCCAAGCCAAACCCAUGCUGGCACUCACCGAACUGACUUCAUCCGACUAUUCCAUAUACUGGGGCUAGGUAGCUUCGUGGCCAAGAACCGCCUUGGACAAGUCGUAGAUGGUACGCAGCAGGCAUGGGAGCAAGAUAAAAGAUACAUGUCCUUUACUCGCUUCACAGAACAAUUCCGUAACAAUUCCGUAUCAUCCGAAAGAGAAAGAAGAAAGAAAAAACCCAUGGCGAUCAAAGGCGGUCUGCUCCGUAUGAUUAUGAUCACAGCUUAUUUUACAGCUCUGAUUUGUUCUUUACUUAUUGUCGGGAGUUUCGCUUGGGUAUACGCCACAACCCACAACGCCGCCACCCUCGGUCUCGCCGCCGUCGUCCUCCUCUACACCGCCAUCCAAACCCUCCUGAUCUGCUGCACCGCCGGCAUCAGCCUCCUCUGGCUCUUCUCAAUUUUCGGCGAUGCCGUUUCUCUUAUCCUGAUGAUCGCCAUCGCGGGCAUGAAUCGCAGUGCGAGGUUUGGGUGUAGUGGGAAUCAUUGGAGGGAUUGGGAUGAUGAGACUUUGGAGUUUUUGAGGGAGAUUUGGAGGGAUGGAGGUGUUCUGGCGUGUAGGUUGUUGGUGGCGGGGUUUGCUUUGGCUUUGGGCUGGGGGAGGGAAGAGAGAGUUGCGAUUUUUAUGUUUGUUGUUACUAUCAUCUGUCAGGUUUUUGUGAGGCGAGGGAGGAGAGGUAAGGUUGUCAAGAGUGAGGGAGAUGGUGAGUUGAUAAAGGUUGACGAUGCUUUUGGUUGGUCUUGGAUUUUUUGUUUGCUUGCUUGA